GUGUAUUUUCCAGAAGAGAUCGUUGUGAGGUCGCAGGUUGGGAGGAUGACAGCUCAAGUGUAUUUCUCGUUGAUUGCUGUUUUAUUAUGUGUGUUCGGGUACUUGAGCAUAACAGAUGCUACUCGACGCACAGCAAAGCCUGGACGGUGUCCACCCAAAUCAUCUGCAAGAAAAUGGUGUACCAGUUCCUGUAAGAGUGACUCUAACUGUCCCAACAACGAGAAGUGCUGCAGCAGUGGAUGUGGAAGAUACUGUACGGCUCCAUAUACAGUGAAGCCAGGUCAAUGUCCCAUACCAGAGAUGAUUCCACCAUUUGCUGGAAGCUGUUUCCAUGAUGGCCAGUGUACUGCCACACAGAAAUGUUGCCCAACCACCAGUGGCCAUGCAUGCAGUGAACCAAGUGGUCAAGGAAUUGGCCAGGAGACUGGUUUUGGCCAUGGAAUUGGUUUUGGUCAGGGAAGUGGUCAAGGGGCUGGUCAGGGGAUUGGUUUUGGCCAGGGGAGUGGCUUCGGCCAGGGGAGUGGUCAAGGGAGGGCCAGGGAAUUGGCUUUGGCCAGGGGAGUGGCUUUGGCCAGGGGAGUGGUCAAGGGAGUGGCCAGGGAAUUGGCUUUGGCCAGGGAAGUGGUCAAGGGAGCGGCCAGGGAAUUGGCUUUGGCCUAGGGAGCAGCUUUGGACAGGGGAGUGGUCAAGGGAGUGGCCAGGGAAUUGGCUUUUGGCCAGGGGAGCGGCUUUGGCCAGGG